ACUGUUGACAGGAUUAGCACGAGCUGAAAGGUCAUUUCAAAAUUUCAACGAAAUCUUGAAAGUGAAGUAUACCUGAAAAUUUUCCGCAUAUACAAGCGGAUCAAAUGCCAAAAAUAUGUGUUUUAAACUCGCGCAUACAUACAUAAAUAUCCUUGUGAACAUUUCGAACGUGCAUAUGAAAAUUAAUAAAUAGGCCAAGUGUCGUUCUUCAACGAGCAGUCGCUUUGUAACUCUAGAAGUAGUGUAUCCUCGAAAAGUUUAUUCCAUAACGAUUUGUUGAAAAAUGUUACACGUUGCAUACUCUCACCGAGUCGCGGGGCUUCUUUGCUUAGCCAUGCGACUUAUGCAACUGCACGCGUUACCGGCACAACCAAACAUUGCAAACUUAACGGCGUCAGAAAUAGGGCAUAUAACAGCAGUGGAUCAAAACAACAACUAUGCCAAUCAUACUUUACCAUCACAAGAGCCUGAACUUGAAGCUGCUGCAAGCGAAAAUGGACCACCAUCAGCUGAAACGAUUCCUUCAAAUGUCGCGAAUUCGAGCAAUGGCAGCAUCGAUCCAUCCGUGUUCGCCAACUACUUUACACCGGAGGCUAUUCGGCAUUACAUUAAUCAAUUUGGCGCCACCUACCCUGGCUAUCCCGCCUAUCCGGCACCCAUUGGCUAUGUGGCAGCUCCGCAACCACCGCCACCAGGUGUUGGUCCCAUCUAUCCAGGCCCAUAUGUGGUACAGACUGGUUACGAGGGUUACUUAGUGCCAGCCACCACUGCCAUCUCAGAAGCAGCAUCUAAUCCGCACAAUAACAACAGCAAUGCUUUACUCAGGCCACUCACAUAUCUGAUAAAUCUGUUUUCGAUGAUGAUGAUGUCGUCCUUGUUUCGAGUCGUGGCCACUAUCAUUGGCGCUAUAGGCGUAUUCUUCUUUAGCGGCACUCUAUCCAGAUUCGUGUGCGCUUUCACACCUAUGUGCGAGAUCACCAACUCAGCUGUCGAAUAUUUGAGGAAUGACACUAAUGUGACUCGUGUGGCACGUAUGAUAGCUGAAGGCAUGACGCCGGAAGGUGUGCAACGUGCUGCUGAACAUGUGCAGACUGCAAUACGCAAGUAUGAGGAGUUGCAGAAAUUAAUCGGCAGUGAAGAGAGGAAUUAAUGAAACUCAUACCU